AUGGCACAAGAGCACCCCGCCACCGGCACUACCGGCGAGAAUGGAGUCACUAAGGACUUCACUGUCAAGGCUGGUCUUGCCCAGAUGCUGAAGGGCGGCGUCAUUAUGGAUGUUAUCAAUGCCGAGCAGGCAAGAAUUGCUGAAGAGGCCGGUGCUUCUGCCGUUAUGGCCCUUGAGCGUGUCCCAGCCGAUAUUCGAGCCGAGGGUGGUGUUUCCCGCAUGUCUGACCCUGGCAUGAUCAAGGAGAUCAUGGCUGCCGUCACAAUUCCAGUUAUGGCUAAAGCCCGGAUAGGACAUUUCGUUGAGUGUCAGAUCCUGGAAGCCGUUGGUGUUGACUACAUUGAUGAGUCCGAGGUCCUUACUCCAGCCGACCAUAUCUACCACGUCACCAAACACUCCUUCAAUGUUCCAUUUGUAUGCGGAUGCCGAAACCUGGGCGAGGCCCUCCGCCGUAUUUCCGAAGGCGCUGCCAUGAUCCGUACCAAGGGUGAGGCCGGAACUGGUGAUGUUGUCGAGGCUGUAAAGCACAUGCGCCAAGUCAACACUGAAAUUUCCCGUGCCAGAUCCAUUCUGCAGUCCGCGCAGGACCCUGAAAUUGAGCUGCGCGCAUUCGCUCGCGAGUUGGGCGCUCCAUACGAAUUGCUUCGUGAAACCGCUGAGAAAGGCAGACUUCCCGUUGUCAAUUUUGCUGCUGGUGGAGUUGCCACACCCGCUGAUGCUGCUCUUAUGAUGCAGCUUGGCUGUGACGGCGUAUUCGUGGGAUCUGGCAUCUUCAAGUCUGGUGAUCCACGCAAAAGAGCCAAGGCUAUCGUCCAGGCAGUCACUCAUUUCAAGGAUGCCAAGAUGCUGGCUGAAUUGAGCGAGGGUCUCGGUGAGGCAAUGGUCGGUAUUAGCGUACGAGACAUGAGUGAGAAGGAGAAGCUAUCUGGUCGAGGUUACUAA